AAGGAGAAACCAUGCCAAGAAAAUGCCAGCAACUUGAAACCGAGAUCUUGCGUAGACCAUCUAAAGAAUGGCGCAGACAAGUGCGGCUACUACAAGAUUUUUGAUGCCGCAGGGAAUGGAUUCACUGCGUACUGUGACAUGGAAACAGAACCUGGGGCGGCUUGGACACUUAUCAUGUCUUGGAGCCUGAAAAACAACCAUUUCGCGAAUUUUAGGUACUUGUUUAGAUGUGCUAAAGAUCGGCGAUAAGUUAAAAUAUUAUUUCUUUAAAAUAUUUCCCUGUUUUUUAUGGCUCUAAUCCCUUGGCUAGUGUCAGUUGGAAGAAGUUUGAUGUUCAAAACAUUACACUCGAUGUCAAUCGUUAAUUCACCGACAAAAAAGGGAUGCCCAGAUCUCAUGCAAAGAAUCGGAGUGGUGAGUCAGCUAUUUUGGCAGUGCAGAGCUAGAGAAAAUUACGGAAAACCUUUAAAAUCCUUGUGCGAAGAAGAAGUAGUCAAACUACUGCCUCAAAAACGUAGUAAGAAGAUACAAAAAUCAGCUCACGGAUGACAAAACCACGGUUUGUUUAAAUCUCUUCGCCUUGUAAAAUUUGUGCAUUCCCUAAUUUGAUAGAUAUACAGCCGUUUUAGUGUCGUUGACGCAAACGCCCGACGAAACUAAAACGGCUGUGUAGAAGACUACCAUUUGACUUGAUUAUUUUGUUAACACCAAAAUUUGGCUGUUUCUUGGUGUUGAGGAAACUAUUGUUGGUUAUCUCGAUUAUACUGUUGUGUUGUAUUAUUCAUUGUCUUUUCAAUCUUUUGUAUAACGUCAUUUGGUGACUGCACCAAGUAAUACCCUGUAAUACCCCAAAAUUUGGAUAUUAGAUGUAACUUUGCUUGAAUUUGUUCUCAUUGCCGACAGGAUAACACCCUUGUCAAUCAACAACCCCGUGAAUGAAAACUCGCCUAACUGGUUCCUCUACCGGCUAACAAAGGACAGAAUGAAGUCACUAAGGGAUGUGUCCACCCACUGGCGAGCCACGUGCAGUUAUGACAAGUACGGUAUCAAUAACUACAAAGAUUACGUCCGUGGAAAGUUUGCGGAGGCCGACAUCUUUGCCUUUCUUGGUGCUGGUGUUUGCUUUAAGACCGAGCUUGUCAACAUUCGUGGUCAUAUUGGAAUUCACAAGACUGCCAGGUUCUGGCAGGUUGCUGCUGGUUACACUCUUCAUAUCGACAGUUCUUCUAAGGGUUGCCAGUUUGAUCCCACCGUUGGGGCAGCAAGCAGUGAGGACAACUUUGGUUAUUACGGCAUUACAAACCCCAAGUUUACUUGUACAAUGAAUAGCGACUCUACCACGCAGUGGUGGUUCGGUAGCUAUCAGUAG